AUGCCGCACUUGGACGACGAGCACGACCCGUUCUGGCCAGGCGCUCGCGCUGGGCAGCUGCCGCCGCCGCCGCCACCGCCGCCGCACUUCGGUCGCCAUCGAGUCGACGCCGCCGUCGUCGAGAGCCCCGAGCUCGUCACGAGCGAAGGCGGUGCGGGUCAAGUGGCAGCAGCCUGCGUCUUUCAGAAGGCGACGAUCGACUUUGUGCAACGAGCGUCCCAGCACCGCAAAGCUCUCGAAAUGCCGCCGCACCACGCCAACAUCGCUCUCUUUGCCCUCGGUUCGGUUGGCGCCGUCGUUCGUGCAUCCGCCGCCAGGAUCGCCGUCUGGGACCUGCACGAGCUUGUCGACGAGGCGCUGGUCGCCGUCGGCCUUCCGGCGCACCUUCAGCCCAUCGAGUUCAUCGUCGAGCUGCCGUCGCGCCUGUCGCUGCAAGGGUUCGAGGACGUCGUCGGCGACGCCAUCUAUAGCAGCUUCGAGCGCUACGACCCGCAGCACCUUCCGCCUCACCGACUCGGUCAGCUCCUCGUUCCUCGCUACCACGGGCCGCAGCAGUUCCCCAACCGGGCAGCCUUCCCGCAGCCGCCAGCCACAUCCUCCUGGAGCUUGCCGCUCGUCCACCACCGCCUCGUCCUGCGGCCGCACCCGGGCAUUCCGCUCGGCGCCAUGCACGUUGUCGAGUUCCUCAUCCCGCCGUCGGGCCCUCUCGCCCACGCCGUCCAGAGCCCGGACAACUACGUCAAGCUUCGCGCCGCACCAGCUCACGUCGACCUCGCGUACCAGCUCGUGCGCAUGUGGAGCGCCGACGACCGCCUCUCGCCGCUGUACACCGCGCACAACCCGGCCGUGGUUGCCGUCGCCGCGUUGAACUGCAUGGUGAUGUACGAGGUCCAGGCCUUCACCGCCAUGGUGAAUGCCGCGACGGGGAGCCCUAUGUACAGCAGCGAGCUCCUGUCGUGCCAGCUCGCCGGGUUCGGCGCCUUUGCCGAGGAGCUCUUUGCCCCGCCAUCGCCGUCCUUCGCCGGCGCGCUUGUCGGACACCACGAUGUCUUCCGCGACUGGCUCAUCCGGAGGUUCGGCGCGACGGCGAGUCGAACGGCGUGCGCCAAGCAGUGCGUCGAGGUCCUCGCACCGUACUGGCCGUCGAUCCGCGACGCCCCGGCCGGCGAGGCGCGAGCGAGCCGCGAGCGACAAGUCGAGGGCCUUUUUGCCCAAGCGUUCCACAGCAUCCACCGCCUCGCCUUCCCGCAGGCCUUCCCGCCCGAGCAGUUUGUCUGAGCGCGAGCCGAGCAGCGGGUCGUCCUUUGGCCCUGUGGCCAGACCUUUCGUACUUCCUCCCUUUUCUUCGACUGCCAACCUCUCUAUUCCGAGUCGCAUCCUCUGCU